AAAGUAAAUAAUUGUUUCGCAAUACAUAUUUUUCCAUGUUGAUGGUCGUUGUGCCUUUGUCACUUUGGCAUUAUUCCAUCCAUAUUUUUGUUUUGCAUCUAUAUCUCGAGACUAGUAUAGCAUCAUGCAGUUCUGGUUAUUUAUGUUUGAGCUAGUUAUGGAACAGAAUUCUUGUAUGUCUUGACAAUAUGCUUAUUUUGGGCAUAAAAAAUUAUUUUCUAUUUACAUUUUAUAGGGUUAUUGAUAUUCAAAAAAGUGGACUGUGGAUUUCAUUUAUUUGAACUAUGUGAUUGUUGUUUAGAUUAUAAGUAUUUUACUAAAACUUUCACUUUGAAAAUGGUUCAAAAAUUUGCUCACCAAUUUUUAUUGGUAAGAAUAAGAUUGUGGUAAGUUUUCUUUCUAAAAUUAGGUUAUUUGACUUGGAGACGGUAAUAUGUGCUCUCCAUCUUUGGUUUGCGUUUGAGGUGGUAAAAUCUAAUUAAUAUUAGUUGCUUUUUUUUUAUACUGCAGUUGGAGGUGGUAAAAGCCAAACUCAAGUCUGCUAAAUCAAAAGAUGAGUCUGAAUCUGUUAAAUUUACUCAAAAGAAUCUGAUUAACAAGAUAUAUACUAAUUCUGCAGAUGCCAAGAUUCCUGCUGCUCUUGAGUAUCUCGGAACUGUCAUUGAGGCAGGUUGCAAGUUUCUUAUAUUUGCGCACCAUCAGCCAAUGAUAGAUGCGAUACAUGAGUGCCUUCUUAAGAAAAAAGUGAGUUGCAUCUGGAUUGAUGGAGGUACACCCGCUGCAUCAAGGCAACAAUUGGUUACAGAUUUCCAGGAAAAGGAUUAUAUCAAGGCAGCUGUACUAUCCAUUAAAGCGGGAGGAGUUGGAUUAACUUUAACUGCUGCAAGCACAGUUAUCUUUACAGAACAAUCCUGGACUCCAGGUGACCUAAUUCAGGCCAAAGAUCGUGCAUAUAGAAUUGGUCAGGUGUUAGAUGGCCAUGAGAACACCUUAGCUGUGUCAAAUAAUCAUCCAUUGAGUAGCCCUGCAAAGCAUACUACUAUUGGGCAUAGGCCUUCAAAGCAGAGAACUCUUGACCAGUUUGUCAGAAGAUGUGAUAAUGUGGAUAGGUCGGAAGUCGGAACAUCAGCCUGACCGGAAACGGCCCUCUUGGUCAUGACUUGCGAGAUAUGCAAAAUGGAUUUCCAUUUUCACAGAUACAUGGCCAGUGGCAAGUGAAUAGGAACUUAAAUGUUGAUGUCUACAUGCAGAAGUUUCCAUGUAGUAUUAACCAGAUGUGCUUACAUGGGGAAUUCACCUGUGAUGACACAAAUGCCGUUUUGAAGCUGAAAUCCAUUGUACAACAAAUAAUAGAUUGAGUAGAACUGGCUACACUAAACUAUGUUGCUUGUAUUGGAGAUAAUGGUUUGGUUAUGUGAAAUAUGUAUUGGAAGAAAAUGUUGAUAAAGUCACCCAUUAGAUUUUAGGUUUCCACUUCUUGUUCUUAACUUUUUGCUCCCCUAUGUUUUGUUUUAGUUUGGGGCUCUGUACAGAGCAUGACAUUAUCAUAUAUGAACGAGACUUGUAAAUUUCUUUACUCC